CGUAGUUCAACCAAAAUGCUUUGUAAUUGUAUCAGCGUGCAUCGCCAUUGAUUCAAUGAAAUGCAGAAGUGGCAAUUCCACGUCCAUUUAUAUCUGAUGCUAAUGUUUGUGGUUGCAAUUCAUCCAAAUGCAUAAACUUUUGCUACAGGUAUAAGAUUUUUACGCCCAAUCUCAUGAAUGACAGCGGGAAUAAAAAUGGCGUUGAUGAAAUUUCUAUUCCCACCAUCUCUGUUCGUCACCGCAACCUCUCUGGCAUCUUUUACGUUAAUGACAAGUUCUGGGUUAUCGGAAUUGAGAGGAAAGAAUCUUGAAUAUUCUAAGUUUUUCAACAUUGGUUCAAAAGCUUCUGAUGUAGAAAAAUCCAAGUUAAAGCUCCCUAGUAGAAUCGCCAUGGCUACGCUUUAUACGCCAGCUUUUCUUGCUGGUGUUUCUUCGUUUGCGAUUUUCCCAGAUGAGAAUCUCAGGUUUUUGUUGCUCAAAUCCGCCAUUUCCAUCCAUUUCUUCAAAAGAGUUCUUGAGUCCUGUUUUCUUCAUAAAUAUAGUGGCGAAAUGGGACUGGAUACAAUGAUAGUAAUACUCUCAAGUUACUUCAUUUCCAGUGCACUCGUGAUCUUUAACCAGCACCUAACAAUGGGGCUCCCAGAGCCACCAAUUGAUUUGACAAACCCUGGGAUUCUUUUGUUUUCCAUAGGAAUUAUUGGCAAUUUCUACCAUCAUUAUCUUCUAUCCAAACUGAGAAGCCAAGGUCCGAAUAAAGAAUAUAAGAUCCCAAAGGGUGGUUUGUUUGGAUUUGUGAUUUGCCCUCACUAUUUAUUUGAGGUUUUAGUGUUUUGGGGAUUUGCCUUCAUUUCUCAGACUCUGUUUUCAUUUGCAUAUGCAAUGGGCACUACUUUUUACUUGUUGGGUAGAAGCUCUGCCACUAGGAAAUGGUACCUUUCAAAGUUUGAAGAUUUUCCCAUGAAUGUUAAGGCUAUGAUUCCAUUUCUUUUCUAAAUUCUAGAUGUUGAAACUUUUACAAAAUACUUAAAUUCAGCCUUGUUUUUGUAGAUUUGGAUAUAGGGUUUUUUAGUUUUGAAAUUCAUUACUUGAAUAUAUUCCAGAAAUACAAAAUAGUUGGUAAAAAAUAGAAACAACCAAGAAAGAAGGAAAUAAAUUGGCCUCGAGGGCAAAUCAUGCCUAACAAAUAUAUCAUCAAAGACACGGAGUUAUUCAAAUUGUAACACAGAAAUUUCUUUCAAUUUUAAUUCUUUCUCAUCUUGGGUAUAAUAAAUCAUUAAUGGAGUAAGGAUCUCCAAUCUCUCAUCAUGAUCCUCUCACUUGGCACUGGCAAGUUGAGUGCGGAGCAGCUUGGCCGCAGCAACCAUGUUGUUGAGGGCCGGUUUCACCUCAGCAUACUUACGAGUCUUGAGCCCGCAGUCAGGGUUGACCCACAAGAUG